AUGUAUGUAAAAAAUGAGAGCACGAAUAAAAGUAAGUGUGUGUGUGGUUGAAAUUAGACGGAAUGUUUAGUAAAUGAAUGCGGUUGGUGGAAACCCCGGGAUGCGUCACGCUCUUCCCUGUAUGACGGCAUCAGGAAGAACGCUGAUGGAAAGAUGGCUGCGUUUCGCUGUCGGCGAGAUCCGUGCGGUUUUAUUUGUCUAAUGUUAACUUAUUUCAGCGUCUUUUACGCAGACUAUGUGGUGAUUCAGUAUGUGCUAAUCCCCGCGUAUUCUGGAAGUGUAUGGUGCACUAUCCAUGGAUCUGUGUUUAAUAUGAUUUUGAUACUGCUGAUGGCGUGCCACUCAAAAGCUGUGUUUUCUGACCCUGGUAUGGUUCCUUUACCCGAGACAGCCAUUGACUUCUCUGAAUUGAGGUCCCAGUCUAACCGCCUAAAUGACAGAGGCUGUGAAGGUUGGACAGUGUGCAGCCGCUGUGAGACCUACCGGCCACCACGUGCCCAUCACUGCAGAGUUUGCCAGCGCUGCAUCAGGAGAAUGGACCACCAUUGCCCCUGGAUCAAUAACUGUGUUGGAGAGCUCAAUCAGAAAUACUUUAUUCAGUUCCUUUUCUACACAGGUAUGGCCAGCCUAUAUUCCAUGGCACUGGUGGUGUCGGCAUGGGUGUGGAGAAUAAGGAGUGAAAGAGAGGGAGAUGCAGAUAAAGAAGGUGAAGAAGCUCCCAGCAAACACCUGAUUGUGGCACAUUAUAUAAUUCUGUUGGUGGAGUCAAUACUUUUUGGAGUUUUCGUCUUGGUGAUAUUUUAUGACCAGCUGGUGUCCAUUAUAACUGAUGAGACACCCAUCGAGCAGAUGAGGAACAGACUAAUGAAAGACAAAUCCAACAACAUUCAACCGACACACCUCACACACACAAGAAAGCCAAAAAUUGCAUUGCUGAGGGAGGUGUUUGGACGAGGAUCUAUAAUAUGUUGGCUGUUCCCGCUCCAUUCCACCCCUCCCUCUGUUGGCGGCAUCAGUUAUUCAGCACUUCCUGAUUACGAUGUUUAAAUCUGAUCAGUAUUUUAUCAGUUCCUUUUGAACAUUCCAUCAGUAUCACAUCAUGUUUUGGACACUGUGAAUAUUGUGUUACUGAGGUGCAGAUUUCGUACGGUGCAUUUGCUAUGAUGAAGGAAAAAGGAGAUUUGAAUGAAGAGUGCUGCUGCUUUCUGAGUGAUUUUGUACACUAUUACUUUUACUUACUGGUUCUUGAACACAAAAACUCUAAUAUUUCAACAUAUCCCAAAUCCCCUUACAGCAUUAAAGAAGUAUCUUAACCUGUAACCAGUUUACAUUGAUUUCAUAAGACUGAUUUAAUGCUAACAGAUACUUGCACAACGUCAGCUGUGGUGAUUUUUUUUUUUUUAAGAAUCUAAUUUAUUCUGUAUUUGUCAUUUUGUGUGUUUUCAGUCUUUUUGAGUACAUGGACUGUACUCCAUUUUACAUAUGGAUUGUAUAUAAAGAUGUAUUUUAUAACUUUAAUUUCAGAUAAAGUGUUGCUGCAUUUUCAGGGUACUGGACUACUUUUGUUUACAUGCUUGUGUUUUUUAUUGUAAUGUUACUGGUUUUUGCUGUGUAUUGACAGCGAGAUAUGUGUGUACAUAACAGAUGAAUCAUGCAUUGAUAAUGUUUACAUUGAUAUUUAUUGUAAUAUAUUUGUGGAUUGUUGUGGCUAAAUGCUACUCUGAUUUUGUGAAGGACAUCUUUACACAUUCUGGCUUUUUUUUUCACUCCUGAUUACAAAUUUGAGUGGAAAUAAACCAGUAGUGUUAAAUAUC